AUGGCAACUUCGACAUCAACAAUUACAAAAACUCAAACACGUCAAACUACACGAUCAAAUCCACCAUCACUUGUACUUGAAUUAAAUCAUUCAAAUGAAAUUGGUCCUCGUGUACGUUGGACAGAAGGAACAAUUGAUAAUGAAAAUUUGAAUAAAAAGAAAUCUAAAUGUUGUUGUAUAUAUACAAAACCACAUGAUCCAGAAUCGAAUAAUGAUCAAACAACAGAAGUUCAUGAAUUUGAUAAUUGUCAACAUUGUCGAUUUCAUACAGAAUCUGAUUAUGCUGCUAAACCUGACGAACGACAACCUAAAAUUAAAAUAGUUGUAAAAAAACCCGAAUGA